AUGUGUUGCAAUUGUCCACGCUUUUACAAAUAUCGUAUUAUAGUUUUAGCUGCCCUUUCACUGUGUGAAGCAUUAUGUGGAAGUUUUCGCGUAUUCAUCAUGAUUUCUCCGGCGAUAUCGAAAAAUGAAACCUUCGCUAUAAAAAAUGUAGCAAAUCUAACUGAUCACAUUGCCAUUGCAUUUCUCUUGGAUUGGAUCAGUUCAAUCAUGGCUUUUCUCAUGGGAAUUAUGGUAUUGUUAUUUAUCGCGAUGAUUCAAUGCAUGUGUUGUUUCGCAUGUGCAUAUGCGAUCUUUCGAACAGGUUCGAGAGCGAAUCGAAAAGGUUGUUGCGAAUCACUUGGUGGCUUCAAAGCACUUCAUCGGUUCAUUUCAUUCGACUGUAAUUGUCCGUGCUAUCGAGCGAGACCGAAACUACGAUUUCGUUUACGAGCAAUUUUUCUCUCUCUAUGUAUGCUAUUACGAGGAACGGCGAUUUACUUGUAUUGGUCUGUCUCAAAAAGCGACCGACGUGGCCAAUCCAAUUUUUAUACGUGUAGUGUGUCAAUGAUCUUCUUGGUCGGUACAAUUCUACUGGAUUUGUAUCAUUACGGCGUUUGGUGGUGUUACACUCCAUCGAUAGACACGCGUUGUCAUUGUCGAUCAUGGAAGCACAAACGGUAUUUACCAUAUCAUAUAGUCGGCAAAGAGAAUCGUAAGGAUAUGAUAGGUGACCGAGAAUGUGCUGUGAAAGACUGUCGCAAUCGACAUUUGAGUCAUGUGGCGAUUUUCCAUAGUAAAAGUUACCAUCCACAACCGCGUUGGUCCAUACUGAAAGCAGAAGAUCCAGCUGCGACAUACAUUGGUUUUCAUGUAACGAAAACUUCAUCAGCUGUUUCAAUUGUUCAUUCGGAGUUUCGUCGAAGUGGACAAGGCAUGCUUGGGAAAGGUGUCUAUUUUGCUCGAUCAACUGCAGGUGCAGAAGCAAAAGCAGAAGCCGGAAAAAAUGGCGGUGCCGUUAUAAUCGCCGUAGUGAAAAUGGGAAAAGUGUUCGAAGUUGACAAACGGCAAAUUAACCGAACUAAAACAUCAAGAACAUUUGAUAAAACUCUGCACGAUUUUGUCUUCGAGUCGAAAUGGCAUGCGAAAUAUGAUACAUGUUAUAUGAAUCAUGAUGACGAAAGUAAAGACGAGUUUUGCAUUAAAGAUCCUAAAUCACAGAUUCUCAAAUGGGUUGUCGUCAUUGAGAAAAAGCACGAUACGAAAGUUAAAGAAUAUGGUCUCGACACGGAAUUUGAUUCAACCGUUUGUUAUUGUGUAUGA